CAUCAAGAUGUCGGCAAAAGUCAUGAUCUACGAAACCCAGUUCUUUGGCUUCACCCCGCAGACAUGCAUGAUGCGGAUGUACCUUGCAUUCCAAGACCAUCUCUUUCACAUGAUGCUGGUAAUAGAAGAGGUGAUCCUGAAGAAACUGGAGUGCAUGCGUGACACAAAGCUCACAUCUUCUUCGAUCCGUAGAAGUAGCGAGAAAUUCCUUGCCUAUAUGAGGAAUCAUUUUGACCGGCUCUUUGCCAAAAUGGAACAAGUGCUGCUACAGGUGGUGCUAAGCAUUCCGGAAAAUGUUUUGCUCCCUGAAGACAAGUGUCAGGAACAGUACCGCUACCCUGCAAGCAAGUUUCAGGAACUCCAAGAGGAGAUCCGUCACCUGGAGCACCGUGUCAAGGCUGAAAUAUCUGCCCAGCAGGCUCUGAAAGCUGAGCUAGAAGAACAAAAGGCUACUCAGGAGCAGCUCGAAAGGAUCCUUCAGUGGUUUGAUGGCCUUGACAAUGUCUGCCGAGAGCAUGGGACUAGCAACCUCAAAGAAAGCUUUGCCUUCUUGAAGGAGAAUGCCACAAAAUUGCAUACGGUGAUGCAGGAAGUUGAAGAUAAAAGCAAGACAGCACACAAAAAGUGA